AUGGCGUUACUCUCCUCGUCCAGCCCUCGUCUGCUUCUCCGGUCCUUCCCGGCUCUCGCCCGUCCACCCCGUGCCGCCUACCAUGAUUACAUUCGCAUCCUCACCCCAGGCGGUGGGACUGUGCGCCUUCCCCUCAACAACCCCCAUUUCGUGGGCACCGCGUCUUCGAGAGGUGAACGAAGACAACAAGAGGACUUCUAUGCGUACGCCGGUCUUUCGCUCGACCCUGCAGAGCUAGCGCUCAGCUUCAAGAAGAUGCAUGGCAUCGACUGGGAUCCCACCUCCCUCCCUCCGGCCCUGGCCCGGCAGGUUAUGUUCGUUGGCAUCUACGACGGCCAUGGAGGAUCCACCGUCUCCCAGUUCCUCCGUCAAGAGCUGCACGGACUCUUCGAAAAUGUGAACCAGUCCAGGUUCAGGAAGCUGGGAGGGUACUUCAGGCGUUUCACCGGCGGCGCGCUGUCGUCCUGGGUCGACAAAAUGUUGUCGGAGGAGAGGGAGGCCAAAGAAUGCGGUGCAACGGCGUCUAUCGUCCUCCUCAAAUCCCUGGACAACUCCGGCUUCUUCCAAGCCAGCCAGGUAGCACUCACCGUUGCUCACGUCGGUGAUACUCGGGUAUUACUCACCUCCACCGAAGCCGGGCGAGUGACGCCCAUGACCGAGAACCACCACGCAGACGCCCGAGUCGAGUCCAUUCGCCUCCGUCGCAUGAUGGGCGGCCUCACCACCGACUCUUUCGGCGAGAUUCGCUGGAUGGGGGUGCUCGCGAACACCCGCUGCCUCGGAGACCUGAAAUUCAAACCCUACGGCGUCACCCCUGAGCCAGAAGUGCGCAGCAUGGUCUUAGAGGGCCCCAAGUGGUCCCACAUCACGCUCAUCUCUGACGGUGUGUCGUCCGUCGUGUCCGACGAGGAGGUCUCCGACCUGGCGCGAGGCGCACUGUCCCCGAAGCACGCAGCGGAGCGUAUCCUCUCAUAUGCAGAGGAUAUGGGCUCCGACGACAACAUGACCGCCAUCGUUGUCCCACUGGCGGGCUGGGGCAAGAUCACAGGGCCAGACCGCACGAAGGAGCUUCGCGACUACCGCGUCAAGGGCAUGCAAGGAAGCGAACGGCAGCGUGGGCGGUGGAUGUAA